UUCCUACCUGCGCCACCCAGAAACUUCUCUGACGCACACUCUUUCACUCCUUUCGAGAGAGCUCUUGAUUGAAUCGAAUCCCACGCAGAAGCGAAGCGCCCGAAGCAAACGCCUCUCUGAUUCGAGCGCAUAGCUGAAGGUAAUCAUGGCCAUCGCGCCGAAUCUGCUUCUUCUUCGCUCGUGAUCUGAGCUCGUAGCUGGUUUUCUGUUGUUGAUGAACCAGAUGGAGGCCGAUAACUGCGAGACCAAGACCGAUCGCCAGCUGAAGCACCUCGGGUUCGUCAGGCUGACCGCGGUCCGAGCCCUGGUCUUCGUGUCCAGCCUCUACGACCGGGCGAAGGGCAACUGCGGGCCUCUGAGAUCGGCGGUGGCGACCGUGGAGGGAGCCGUGACGGCCGUCAUGGGCCCUGUCUACGAGAAACUUAAGGGCGUGCCGGAGGAUCUCCUCGUGUUCGCCGAUCGGAAGGUCGAUGAAGCGACACACAAAUUCGAAAAGCAUGCCCCGCCCUUUGCCAAGCGCAUCGCUUGUGAAGUCCAUCACUUGAUUCUGAUGACUGCCGAGAAGGCUCAGAGACUCGUGAACGAGGCUCAAACGGGAGGACCGCACGCAGCUCUGCACUACGCCGUUGCAGAGUCGAAGCAGGUCCUCCUGGACCAAAGCGUGAAGGUCUGGGUUAGGCUUAACAAGGUUCAGCCCUUGCACAUGGUGGUGGACCUGACCGUGCCGACAGCCGCUCACUGGUCAAAGAAGUACAACCAUGUCGUCGCGGACGCGAAGCGGAAGGGCUAUCCUGUGAUUGGCUACCUGCCGUUGGUCCCAAUUGAUGAGAUCGCCAAGGCAUUCAAAUGCUGCGAAGCGGAAGCGGAGAAGAAAGGUGAGGUCGAGGUUCCACUUAAUCCCGCUUCGAGUUCAGAGUCGGAUUGAUGACGUGCGGUGCUGCACGGGGCUUGGUUUGCGAUCAAUCUAGUGGGUUGUAGGUAAAAAGUGG